UCUGAAGCAUCUCGGCGACCUACCUGAGCUCACUUGUGCUUGCCCAGGAAGUGCCGGGAGACUUGGAAGCCUUCGCUUGCUCUCGGAGUGCACAGACUCAUCGGGUCGCGGUUUAUGCUUUUGUGUAGGGUUGUGUGUUUUUCCAGAAGUGCCGUGAGGAGCAGGGAAACCUGACGUGCAGAUCUAAAAACCAUGUUCAAGGGGUUGGUGACAUUCGGGGAUGUGGCUAUAGACUUCUCCAAGGAAGAGUGGGAAUACCUAGGCCCUGCUCAGCGAGAUUUAUACAGAGAUGUGAUGUUGGAGAACUACAGCUGCUUUGUAUCACUGGGACUUGCCACUUCUAAGCCAUCAGUGAUUUUCCUGUUGGAGCAAGGGAAAGAACCGUGGAUGGUUGGAGAAGCAGGGUGGUAUGCAGAUUUGCCGUCUAGACAUGAGACUGAGGAAUUACCUCUCAAGAAGUUCAUUUUUGAGGAGGAAUUAUUAAAAUGGAAAAUCAUAGAAAGAGGCAGAAGUUCUUGCCUUGAGGAUUCUUGUUUUGGAAAUGAUAAGAAAUGCAAGGGACUCUUUGAGACACAACAGGAAACUAAAGAGGAAUAUUUCAGGCAUGUAACAGUCCCACUUGAAAUAAUAUCUACUGAAAAGAAAAUCUAUGAACAUAAACAAUGUGAAAACCUUACUCAACAGGUAGGAAUUCAUACCAGUGAUGAAUUCAUACCAGUAAUGGAACUUGAUGGAAUGUGUGGAAUGGACACUAUAUUUUACACAAAUCAUAUGCAACAACAGAGAAACUUUAUUGACAACAAAUUCAAUGAUUUUAAGGCAUAUGACAGAGAUUUUUCUUAUGACUUUCACCUAACUCAGUAUCAAAUAAAUCAUACUAGUAACAAACCCUAUAAAUGUCAGAUAUGCUGUAAGACCUUUAGAACGCUUCCCAACUUUACUCAACAUAAUCAAAUCCACACUGGUGGGAACCCAUAUGAAUGCAAAGAAUGUGGGAAAGCUUUUAUGUCUUCUUCAAGAUUAAUUCAACAUAAGAGAACUCAUAGUAAUGAGAAACCCUAUGAAUGUCAGGAAUGUGGGAAGACUUUUCGAUGGAAUGCACAUCUUACUCAACAUCGAAGAAUUCACACUGGUGAGAAACCCUAUAAAUGUAAACAAUGUUGGAAAGCAUUUGCUUCUGCUUCUAACUUUAAGAGACAUCAGAAAAUUCACACCGACAAGAGAACUUAUGAUUGUAAAGAAUGUGGGAAGGCAUUUAAUAAUUGUUCAUCUCUUAUUCAACAUCAGAGAAUUCACACUGAUAAGAAACCUUUUGUUUGUAAGGAAUGUGGCAAGGCAUUUAAUGACUGCUCAUCACUUACUCAACACCAGUUAACUCAUACUAAUGAGAAGCCUUAUGAAUGCCAGGAAUGUAAAAAGGCUUUUAAGAAACGUGCAUACCUUACUCGGCAUCAAAGAGUUCAUAGUGGCGAGAAACCAUAUGAAUGUAAGGAAUGUGGGAAGGCGUUUGCUGGUGUUUCUGCCUUUAGUACACAUAAGAGAAUUCACACUGGUAAGAAACCCUAUGAAUGCAAGGAAUGUGGGAAAGCCUUUAAUUAUGGCUCAACUUUUAUUGAACACCAGAGAAUUCACACUGGAGAGAAACCUUAUGAAUGUAAGCAGUGUGGUAGGGCAUUUUCCUUUCUUUCAUCAUUUUUUCAACAUAAGAGAACACAUACUAAUGAGAAACCCUAUGAAUGUCAGGAAUGCAAGAAGGCAUUUAGGCUGAGAAAACAUCUAACUACACAUCAAAGAAUUCACAGUGGUAAGAAAACCUUUGAAUGUAAUGACUGUGGGAAGGCCUUCACUUGUGUUUCUUUUUUUACUAGACAUCAGAGAAUUCACACUGGUGAGAAACCAUAUGAGUGUAAGGAAUGUAAAAAAUCCUUUGCUGAUUGUUCAAGUCUUAGUCAACACCGGAGAAUUCACACAGGUGAGAAACCCUAUGAAUGUAAGCAGUGUGGGAAGGCAUUUACCUCUUUAUCAACAUUUUGUCGACAUAAGAGAAUACAUACUAAUGAGAAACCAUACGAAUGCCAAGAAUGCAAGAAGACAUUUAGGCAGAGAGGACAUCUAACUACACAUCAAAGAAUUCACAGUGGUGAGAAACCCUAUGAAUGUAAGGACUGUGGAAAAGCCUUCACUUGUGUUUCUGAUUUUACUAGACAUUAUAGAAUUCACACUGGUGAGAAACCGUAUGAGUGUAAAGAGUGUGGAAAAUCCUUUAGUGAUAGUUCAAGUCUUACUCAACACCGGAGAAUUCAUACUGGUGAGAAACCUUUUGAAUGUAAGCAAUGUGGGAAGGCAUUUACCUCUUUUUCAGGAUUUUUUCAACAUAAGAGAAUACAUACUAAUGAAAAACCCUAUGAAUGCCAGGAAUGCAAGAAGGCCUUUAGGGAAAGAGGACAUCUAACUACACAUCAAAGAAUUCACAGUGGUGAGAAACCCUAUGAAUGUAAAGACUGUGGGAAGGCCUUCACUUGUAUUUCUACUUUUACUAGACAUUAUAGGAUUCACACUGGUGAAAAACCAUACGAGUGUAAAGAAUGUGGAAAGUGCUUUAGUGAUAGUUCAGGUCUCACUCAACACCGGAGAACUCACACUGCAAAAAACCUUUUGAAUGUCACAGGUGAAAAAGCACCAGAAAAUAUACAUAUGAGCUGA